ACAUCCCUAGUCACACUAAAUUGCUCUUUUCGACAAAAAAAAAUAUUACUUGGUGGCCGGGGCUGAGUUUUUCUUUAUUUUCUGUGAAAUAUUUGUGGCAGCAGUGAAACGUGAACGGUGCAGCAGCACAGGCAGUGGAAGUGGCACCUACGCGUCAGCAGAGGCAGAGAAGCAGAGCAGAAGCGACGGCGGCAGAGCAGCAGCGACAGUGACCGAGGCAGAGGCAGAGGCAGAGGACAGACAACAAAAACGCAACAAAGACGCGAACGCAGAAGAGCAUGAAGCGCUGAAGGCUGAACUGGGCUUCAAACGGAAUCGAAACCAGAAGCUGUUAGCGAAACCCAGUCCGCCAGAGGAUCUGGCAGGGGAGCAGCAGCAGCAGGUGCAGCUAGAAGGGCAGAGGAGCAGUGGCGAGGGAGCAGCAGAGGCAGAGGCAGCAGCAGCAACGGCAGCAGAGGAUCUGCAAGGUGCAGGGAAAACGCCUAAGAACUGGACUCUUCAAGCAGCAGCCCCAACAUGAGCACCGUGUUCAUCAACUCGCGGAAGAGCCCCAAUGUGCUAAAGAAGCAGGGCACCGACCAGUGGGUCAAGCUGAACGUGGGCGGCACCUACUUCCUUACCACCAAGACGACGCUGUCCCGUGACCCAAAUUCCUUUCUAUCCCGCCUGAUUCAGGAGGACAGCGAUUUGAAUUCGGAUCGGGACGAGACUGGCGCCUAUCUGAUCGACCGGGAUCCCAAAUACUUUGCGCCCGUUCUGAAUUAUCUGCGCCAUGGCAAGCUCGUUUUGGACGGCGUCUCCGAGGAGGGUGUGCUGGAGGAGGCCGAGUUCUACAAUGUGACACAGCUGAUAGCUCUGCUCAAGGAGUGCAUCCAUCACAGGGAUCAGCGACCACACGCGGACAAGAAGCGAGUCUAUCGCGUGCUGCAGUGCCGCGAACAGGAACUGACCCAGAUGAUCUCAACGCUCUCGGAUGGCUGGCGUUUCGAGCAGCUGAUCAGCAUGCAGUACAGCAAUUACGGUCCCUUUGAAAACAAUGAGUUCCUCUGCGUGGUCUCCAAGGAAUGCGGCACAACGGCCGGCCGUGAGCUAGAGCUCAACGAUCGGGCCAAGGUCCUGCAGCAAAAGGGAUCGCGAAUUCUUGGAAUUUAAGCAAAAUCCCUGACAAAAUAUGAGAACGAGAACUAACCAUCAUCAAGAAAGAAACCACAAACCACAAAACCUAUAAACCCAACUCAGCCCCAAAUAAAAAAUAAACACCAAUUGGAAGAGCAGCCAAGGAAACUAGCCACAGUCACAGCAUCAGCACAGCAGCAGCAGCAGCAGCAGCAGCAGGAGCACCCAUUACACCUUCACAUACUGGAUACACACCACACACGAGAUCAGUUCAGGCUCAAGGCAUCAUCAGGUAUCCUGGGGGGAGACCAUCGACACGCUUCAAUUUGCAUUCGAGACUAAGUUAACAGCUAUUCACUGCGAUUCUCUCUUUCGUAUGCGUGUGUAGAGUGUAGUGUGUGUAGAGUUUGUUGAGUGUGCGGUGUGUGCGUGCGGAUCUGAGUGCUUGCAUGUGUUCAACCCAAGAGAGAGGUGUUAGAACCAACUGGAACCAAGCUAGGAAACCAGGCCCUGCUUCGUCAGCUUCUGAGCUUCGCUUUCGGGGUUUCCUUCGGCGAUCCUCCGCCGGAGAGGGAGCUCAGCUGCUUGGGGCGUACAAUAAGCUAGCGGACAUAUAUAUAUAUAUAUAUACACCGUAAACGGAAAGUGUUUUUGUAGGCUUAGUCUUAGUAGUUUUUAACGCGCUUACAAUAAACAUAAACUAGACGCAAUGCCCUUGGUUUAAGCUGCAUUUACACAUGUCCGAGAUAGGGUCCCAGCCCCCUGCCCAUCCCCAUCCCCUGCUAAUUGUAGUAUGUGCGUGCCUGUAUGUGUGUGUGUGUGUGUGCGUGUUGUGUAGGCCCGGUUUUUAACCUACCUUGAGCUUUAUUUAAGAUUUAAAAGCAAAAGCAAAAACAGAAGCAAAACCAAAAGGAUAUAUCAACAUUAAUGAAGAAAAGAAUUAAGAGAAAAACAAAUUGAAUCACGACUGAAUUUAUGUGAACUUGCACACUCAAAAAAAAAAAGAAGUAUAGUGUUGAGCGAAUUACCUAACCGGCGACGUUUUUGUACAGACACAAACAACACUGGCUUGAUAUAUAUGGAUACGAGAUAUGUUAAGUACAUGAAUGUAUAUAAUUUUAAAUAGAUACUAAUUUAUACACGAAAGAAAACGAUAACGAACACGAAAACGGGGUAACCAGAACGUCGCCACCUACUCGUACUCGUACUCCCGGUACCCAUUUUGUAACCAUUUUGACUUAUUUUACGUGCGAUUAUAUAGAUUAUAUACAUACUAUAUAUAAACUUAUAUGCUUACAAGGAUUGUUGUUUCGGUAAAUAGGAGGCGAUGAGCAGGAGAACCUUUACACUAGCAAGUAGAAGCGCAGCGACCGAGUAUUAGCAAUACAAAACAGAAGGAAAAACAAGAGAAAUGCAAGAGAAAAUAGAAGAAAGCAGGAGAAAAUAUAAGAAAGCAAGAGAAAAUAAAGGAAAAGCUAGUUAAUAUAUAUACUGAAACCGAAACCCUAAUCAACACAAGAUUCAGAUAACGCUAAGCUCCUUUUAACUGUAACCGUAACUGUAACCUUACACCCUAACCCCCAACAAGGAUGUACUCACACCCACGUCUAUACACACACACACACACACACAAACACACACACAUCUCUCUACACACCAGCCCCACACCAAGCCACCACCCUCCCGCAGACAAGGAGGAUCGCAUCCUCGCCGACGAUCGAUACCCACACAACAAACCAUAAAAAUAUAAAUAUGUAUGAAUAAAAAUGGAACCCUUUUCUAAAAAACA